AUGUCCGAGAUAGAGUUUUUCCUCAACAACUGGCCCAAUCUGACGCUCAUGGCCAAGCACCAGGGCAAGGUCAUUGGGUGCAUCAUCUCAAAGGUGGAGCCGCACAAACAUGCCAGAAUACGUGGGUAUAUUGGGAUGUUGGCGGUGGACAACGAGUACCGCGGCCGCGGGAUCGCCAAGGAGCUGAUUUCGCAGAGCGUGGACGCGAUGAUCGACGCUUACCGUUGCGACGAGAUCAUUCUGGAGACAGAGGUGGUGAACAAGGCCGCGCUGCGCCUGUACGAGAACUUUGGGUUUCUGCGUGUGAAGCGGCUGUUCCGCUACUAUCUGAACAAGCACGACGCGUUCCGGCUGAUACUGCCCGUGACAGAGAAGAGCAGCGUGCGAUCGACGUUUCUGCCGCCGCUGGACGACGCGCCGGAGUCCAAAUACUAA